AUGGGUCGCGUAUACCAAUCAAUAGCUUUUCUAGCAUUGAUAGCCUUAAUCCCAUUCUCCCACGCUCACGACCACAAGGGCGACGAAAGAAUCAAAGAUGGCGAACAUAUUUCUUACGAACCGAUCGAUACGAUCCUCUGGUUGCACAUCCUAUCCAUGAUCCUCGCCUUCGGCAUCCUUUUCCCGCUAGGAAUGGUAUUAGGUCUCACCCGGAACCGGUUUCAUGUUCCCGUACAAAUCAGCGCGACAUGUAUUGCGAUUAUGGGAUGGUUUUUGGGUCAUGGACACGAUGGUAGGCAGUUUGAAGAUUGGAAUAUACAUAGUAUCUAUGCGCCUUUUCUGGGACUGCUCGUGGUAUCUCAAGUCGGCAUGGGGGUGUAUUUGAAGUUACAUUUGGAACGUGGGUGGCAUGGACGGGUAAGAGGAGUUGUGGUACGGAUUCAUAAAGUUAUUGGGAUUAUUAUUCCGGUUGCUUCGUGGGUGCAAAUGAUAUUUGGUGGCAUUACUGCGCUCGGAUUCUGUCAUACACAUCAUUUGGGACAAUGUUUGGCCCAUUUUAUUAUGGGAGGAUCAUUUAUUGCUUAUGCGAUUGUCAUGACUUUGAUGACCUUAGUUGGACAAGCAUGGUUGAGACGACAAGGACGGGCGCCUGAGUUUUGGGACUCAUUAAUCAUUGCGGUUUGGGGAUUCGUGAAUACUUUUACGGAACAUCGCUGGGGUCAAGAGUGGAGCCAUGGGGAUUACCAACAUACUUCUAUGGGGAUUGUGUGGUGGUGCGCUGGUUUACUCGGUCUGUGGCUUUCGAGGGGUAGAAACGGAGAAGCGAGGAGAAAUCUUAUUCCUUCUAUUGUGAUCUUUUUGACUGGUUGGGCUAUGUCAUCCCACGUUCAGCACCUUGAGUUUUCGACAAAGGUACAUGCCGUAUUCGGUUAUACCCUCAUGGCAGCCGGUCUUUCAAGACUCAUCGAGAUUGCAUUCGUGUUGAGGGAUCGAACUUCCCGACCGAAUGGAGAGCCGUCGACAUUUCAACAUUUACCACCUUACUUACUCAUUGCCUCUGGCUUCCUUUUCAUGGGUGCAAACGAGGAACAACUACAACUCCUGUUCGACUCGGGUAUCGACCACGUUUCGUACUUGCUAGUACUCUACUCACUUGCAUUUUUGUUAUACCUUUUCGUACAAAUUUUGAUUUACAUCUACUCCUCAAAUACUGCAGAAAACAAGGCCGCCAGAGGCGGCAAUGCGGGUAGGAGGAGGCCAGAGUUGGCGCCGAUUGAGACUGGGAGGGACGGAGAGGAGUAUGAGUUGGAGGGAUUGAUUAGCGACGAUGAAGAGAGGCUGGAGAGCGCAUUGACGAGAGUUGGAGAAGGGAGUCCACCAUUGAAGGAGGGAAGAGCAUAA